AUGAUUCUGCAACUACUUCUCCCGCCACCGCCGUCAGCCUACCCCGUCGUCGGCCACCAUUCCCGGAAUAAUGCACUCAAUUCGAGUUCCCGGCGACUCCUACUACUACCUGUACCGCCUCGUGCCUCUUCUUCUCCUGCUUCCUUUUCCGCUUCCGGUCUGCGUAACGAGGAGAACAACGUCGAUACGUUUUCAAAAUACUCAGGGUACUUGUUCGAACUGAGCUCAUCUGAAGCGGAUUCUCUGACGGAAUACAGCGUCUCCAAAAUCGCCUCCAUUUAUCAGAAGAAACCGCUCAUACUCCUUCGUCGCCUCUUCCAAAUCGCCACGACUCUCGGCAAAUGGUUCGCCGUCCGGUACAUCGAUGCUGCCUCCGAUCGCGCCGAUGAAAUGUUCGAGGUCAGAGCUGAGGAGCUGAGAAAAGUUUUGGUUGAGCUUGGGCCGGCCUACAUUAAAAUAGCUCAGGCAAUUUCAUCUAGACCUGAUGUGAUCCCACCUUCGUAUUUGGAUGAGCUCUCAUUGUUGCAAGAUCGAAUUGCACCUUUCUCCUCUGAAGUUGCUUUUGAUAUGAUAGAGAAAGAGCUCAAUCAACCAAUAGAUGCUGUUUUCUCAGAAAUUUCACCUGAGCCUAUUGCAGCCGCAUCCCUUGGACAGGUUUACCAAGCUAGACUUCGCUCCACUGGACAACUUGUAGCAGUUAAAGUUCAGCGCCCUGGAGUUCAAGCAGCAAUAUCCUUGGACAUAUUAAUUUUGCGCUAUCUCGCAGGAAUAGUUAGGAAGGCUGGCAAGUUCAACACUGACCUCCAGGCUGUUGUUGAUGAGUGGGCAGCUAGUCUUUUUCGGGAGAUGGACUACAGGAGAGAAGCAAGAAAUGGAAUUAAAUUCAGAGAAUUAUAUGGUGGAAUUAAAGAUGUGGUGGUUCCCCAAAUGUUUAUGAAUGAAACAACUCGCAAGGUCCUAGUCAUGCAGUGGCUAGAGGGGCAAAAAUUGGCUGAAGUUAAGGAUCUGUACUUGGUUGAGGUAGGAGUUUAUUGCUCCUUCAAUCAACUUCUAGAAUGUGGAUUCUACCAUGCAGAUCCCCAUCCUGGUAAUUUACUCCGCACAAACGAUGGGAAACUGGCUUACAUAGAUUUUGGCAUGGUGGGUGAGUUCAAGCAGGAACUCCGUGAUGGUUUUAUUGAAGCUUGUCUUCACCUUGUAAAUCGUGAUUAUGACGCACUGGCUAAGGACUUUGUUACUCUUGGACUGCUUCCACCUACAGCAGACAGAGAUGCUGUUACAAAGGCGCUGACAGGUGUUUUCAGAGAUGCUCUAGCCAGAGGAAUUCGCAAUAUCAGUUUCGGAGAUCUUCUAGGAAAUUUGGGGGUUACAAUGUACAAGUUCAAGUUUCAGAUACCUUCGUACUUCUCUCUAGUCAUUCGAAGCCUGGCUGUUCUGGAAGGAAUCGCUGUUAGUCUUGAUCCGAAUUACAAAGUUUUGGGUAGUACCUACCCUUGGAUUGCCAGAAAAGUGUUGACUGACAGCUCAUCAAAGCUACAAUCUUCUCUUCAAGCUUUGCUUUAUAAGGAUGGAGUAUUCAGGAUAGACCGUUUGGAGUCUCUGGUAACAGAGUCGCUGCGUGCUAGAACAGAGAGAUCCAUUAAAAAGCAAAUUGAAGAUGGAGAUUCCAAGAUAAUUGUUAAAGAAGUCCUGUCCUUCACUCUGAAUGAGAAGGGUGCUUUUGUAAGAGAAAUACUACUUGACGAGCUCGCUAAGGGUUUGGAUGCACUUGGAAUAGCUACUCUUGAUUCGGUGGCCUCUUCAAUGAUUGCAAACAUACCAUUCUCAGGCUCCCGAUCAUCUUCAUUACUGAACGAUGAAGACAUUGUGAAUCUGAAAACUUUUAGGCGCCUCAUGCUGUUGCUAUCCGGCUUUCGAGAGAGUGGCAGGAAAGGGCUGGGGGUGAAAGAAGCUGGUGCAUAUGGUAGGCAGAGGACGCCUCCAGAUGAAUAUUCUCUGGUUCGUUAUCAGUCAGUAUCAAUUGAGGAAAUACAACCACUGCUUACUGCCAUCCCUGAGCUCCCUCAAGAUUUGCAGCAACAGUUAUUUCAAUUGCCAACAAACCUAGCCGCCAAGUUACUGUCUCGUAUUACUGCAAGAACAAUAAGGAGGGUUUUCUUGUAA